AUGACAUCGUCAUCUGAAGGAGAGAUUCUACAGGUUGGACAGGUUAUUAGGGAGCGAUGGAAAAUAGUGAGUUUUGAACUUUGAUUUUAAAAAGUUGUGAAGUCACGAAAAUAUUAUCUAAAGUUUUGAUUUUUUUUUAAUUUUGAGUUUCCGAAAAAUCGGAUAAAAAUAAAUUCCAGGCAAGCUGUAUUUUUAAAAAGUGCUUUGGUUUUUUCGGAACUUAUUCAUAAAAAAUUUGAGACCUUUCAAUUAUUUUUUGAUAGUCUGAUUCUGAAUGCCUGUGAGAAUCAGAAAUUUCAAAAAUCUAAUUAUUUUUCAGAAAGCAAAAAUUGGUGGUGGUGGUUUUGGUGAAAUAUAUGAAGCAACUGAUGUGCAAAAUCAUCAUGAACGGGUAGCAAUAAAAGUCGAAUCAAGCAAAGCGACAAAACAAGUCCUAAAAAUGGAAGUGGCCGUUUUACGGCGACUCCAGGGCAAAAAACAUGCGUGUAAAUUUUACGGGUGCGGACGAAACGACAAGUUCAAUUAUCUGGUCAUGAGUUUGCAAGGAAAAAAUCUGGCUGAUCUUCGACGAGAAGCACCGAAACAAUGUUUCAGUCUGAACACGGCCAUUCGAAUUGGUCUUCAAAUUUUGAACGGGAUUCGAGAAAUACAUUCAAUUGGAUUUUUACAUCGAGAUGUUAAACCAUCGAAUUUUGCAAUGGGAAGAACUUCACAAACUAUGAGAAAUGUUUAUAUGUUAGACUUUGGAUUAGCUCGACAAUAUCUGAAUGCAAAAGGUGAAAUUCGAAGUCCAAGAAGUGCGGCUGGAUUCCGUGGAACUGUUAGAUAUGCAGCUGUAACAGCACAUAAAAAUAAAGAAAUGGGAAGACAAGAUGAUUUAUGGUCAUUAUUUUAUAUGUUGACUGAAUUUUUGCAAGGACAACUUCCGUGGAGAAAAAUCAAAGAUAAAGAUGAAGUUGGAAGAAUGAAAGAUGAUGUUGAUUUUACGACAUUAUUAGAAGAUUGCCCAUCAGAACUUCAUUUAUUCGCAGCACAUUUGAAAACAUUAGGAUAUCCAGAUGCACCUGAUUAUACAUUUUUAGAAUCUCUUCUUAAUCAAGUCAUAGUCAAGUUAGUUUUUUUGUUGGAAUAUAUUUCAGCAAAAAAUAUUUUUGCAGAGAGGAUAUAAAAUGGGAUGAUCCAUAUGAUUGGGAAAAUGGCUAUGACAGUGUUCCUAAUCGCUCAAAAACAAAUGGAAAUCUUUCUGCCCGAUUAAAAUCUCAUACGACGGCAGUUAUUCGAGAUCAGCGAAAUGAGAAUCGAGCAUUGGAUACACAAGCUCCAAUAACAAUGGGCGAAGAUGAAGAUGAGCAGACAAAUGGACAAGUUCUUGGUGGAGGAUUUGAAAGUGCACAUGAUAAAAUUGAGAAACCGAAGUAUAAACGACACGAAUUUUUGAAACCGAAAUAUGGAACUGUGAAUCUUGAUGUGAUUGAUGCUGUGAAUGCUAGAUUUGCAGCAUGUGAUGAAGAUCGAAAUAAUGACGUUGAGGUCAAUUUUCAACUUCCAUCUUCAAUUUUGAAAGACUCACCGGCAAUCGCAAAAAAAGCACCAAUCAAUAAAUCAAUCACAUUAUCAAUAAAUAAUCGAUAUAACAGCAAUAAAUCAAAAACCAAUAAAAUAUCAAGUUUUGAUAAUACAAAUGCUCAAAUGGAUGACAAUUCAGCAAAUAAUUUGAGAACAGCUCAAACAAUUAUGAGUAAAUGGCAAGGAUCUUUUGAUGCAAGUUGUGAAGAAAUGAUGGAUGGACCUAUUGAAGAAACUAAUCAUACACGAUUGAAUCCAGCGUUUCCUGUACCAAAAGUUUCACUGUUAUCAACACCAAGAUCAAUUGAUUCGAAUACUUCACCGGGUGGUGGAACACCAAGUUCACCAAUGAAUCCAAGACAAUCACCAGUACAACGUUAGUUUUUCAUUGAAGUAUGACUGUAUUUCAUGCAAUGAUUUUUUUCAGAACGUCGAGCAUCAAGAUCAGAUAAAGAAAAAUCAACGAUGCACCGAACUGCGAGUUGUGGACCUCCUCAAUCAAACAGUAUUAUUAGCCAUUUCAAAGGACUGAUAAAUGUAAGCUUAAAUUUUUCAGCUAUCAGAACUCUGAUAAUUUUUUCAGUCAUUCAAUAAUCUUGGAGUUGGAAGUCGAUUGUCACGAACAACAUCAAUCGAAGAACCACAACAACAACGAAUCUCUUCUUCUCGACAGUUCUCACAACAACCAGAACCAGAUACAAGUUAUGGAGUUGGAGGUGGAGGAGGAAUACGACAUUCUACUUCGAUGGGUGUGAAUUCGAGAGAAUUACCAGCAAGAACUCAGAAGAUUAGUGCAACUUUUAAUGCGUAUGAAUCUCCUGAAGAACGAGAAAAAAGAAGAGAAAGAAGAUUGCGAAGAAGAAGUGUUGAUAGUAAUAAUGGGAAGGGUUAGUUUCUUCUGAAAAAGAUUUUGAUAAAUAAACUCUUCAAAACUUUGAUAUCUUUAGGUUGAUCUCGAAACACCUCCACCAUCAAUUCGUUCUCCAGUUGUUGUUCAUAAUACAUCGGUAGUUCAUUCUAUAAAACCACCACAUCAAAAUAUUGCCGCAAACGACGAAGAAUUCAGGAUUCCAUUAGAAGAGAAUAAUAAACCUCUUUUAUUUUAUAAACGAAAACGUUAUCAGUUUUUGAAUUUCCCUCGAACCUCGUCGACUUCCAAAUCUUGA